UAAGUUUAAAAAAAAAAAACCCAGGUAGCCUAAUACCUUUAGCCUGUAGUGCAAGUAAAAUAGGCACUAAGGAAAUAAGGCAAAGCAGGAGGAGUUAGGCUUAGAUGUAUGGGGCCAAGUAAACAUAUUAUGGCAAGAAGUUCAUUCCCAGUGGGAAAAUUGCAAUGAAGCUAACAAUUUCCGGGUGCAGCGUUUUGUACACACUCAGAAGGGUCCAGCUGAUGGACAGUAAUGUUAACAGAAGAAGACCAGGAAGAAUAAAUGCACAUGUAUUAACUGAAUUCUUCUUUACCUAACGUUAAAAAAAAGAAAAAAGAAAAACCCUCACAGCUGUGCCCCUGAGAUUUUUCCUCUUGCCAUCCUAAUCCAAAUCAAGGUCAACUGGGCCUGCUCAGCAUUUUUAUACAUGCCACACAGCAUGAUAGGAUGUUAAUUGCUUAAUUUUAUCAUGCAGUACACCUGUACGGAAGCAUUUGCAUUCAUUAUGUUUCUCCACUCAUUUAUUCAGAUUUUUCCUUUAAUUAGUCACCUGUUUAUAUAUAGUCAAUAUAAUACAUUUCAAUUUAUUGAAUUGCCUAAUGUUGCAAAGUAUUUAUUCUUGUUUUUUAAAAAAUUUUUUUUGUUUUUUUUCCCUCUGAGCUGAAAUACCAUCGCAAUGCAAAUACGAAGAGUAGGGAAGGUGGUCCUUAGCGUGGAGCAGUCAGAAGGUGUGGGAGCAAGAGUGCGUAGGAGCAUUGGCAGAGAACAGCUGAGAAAUUUAGACCCAUUUUUGUUGUUAGAUGAGUUUAAAGUCAUCAAGCCAGGAGGAUUUCCUGAUCACCCACACAGAGGCUUUGAAACUGUUACGUACCUUUUACAAGGAUGUUCAGCCCAUGAAGACUUCUGUGGCCACAGUGGAAAACUUCAUCCUGGAGAUCUGCAGUGGAUGACAGCGGGCCGGGGGGUGGUCCAUGCAGAAAUGCCUGUGUCUGAUGAGCCCAUGCAUGGCAUACAGCUGUGGGUGAACCUGAGGGCAUCAGAGAAGUUGGUGGAGCCCCAGUACCAGGAACUGAAGAGCCAGGAGGUCCCCAAACCCAGCCGGAGUGGAGUCACUGUGGCUGUCAUUUCCGGCGAAGCUCUGGGAGUGAAGUCAAAAAUCUACACAAGAACUCCAACAAUCUACCUUGAUUUUAAACUGGAGCAAGGAGCAAAGCACAUUCAACCAGUUCCUUUGGGAUGGACCACAAUCAUGUACACGCUCUCAGGAUCUGUUCAUGUUGGCCCUGAUGAUGAGGAGAAAAUAAUAGAACCGCAUCACACUGUGGUUUUUAGUGAUGGAGACCAUGUGAAAUUUGAAAAUAAGACAUCUGAGGUAUCCCACUUUGUCCUGAUUGCUGGAGAGCCAAUCAAUGAGCCAGUUUUUCGACAUGGUCCUUUUGUUAUGAACACAGAAGAUGAAAUCAACCAAGCAAUCAAUGACUAUAGAUCUGGGACCAAUGGAUUCGAGAGGGCCAAGACAUGGCAAUCCACCAUUCGCUAUUCCUGAAUGCCCAGGAAGUUACGAAUGUAUGAGAAGACUUAUAUUGCUUGCCUAUACAUUCUAUAUUGCUGCAAGAAUUAUUUUUCAUUUUCUGGUUGUUGGAACAAGCUGCGGUGUGAAAUAAGGUUAUUGAUCUUAAGUUUAAUGUUAGUUUCUAUUUAAUACCAACUUUCUGUUGUCUCUUCUUGAUGAGUGCACUGUUAAUAGAAGGUAACCGUGUAGGUAACAAUGUAAUGAUGUAAAAAUUUAUUCCAGUCUUUUUAUAUUUUAUUGGGCAGUCAUACGGGUAAUCCUGAAAUUAUUUAAUUGUAUCUAUAGGAAUUCUGUAAUUGCAUCAUAAAGAGAAUGUGUGAGUAAUAUGUUUUAUUGUUUACAAUUUGGAUUUUAAUUGGAACUGAAAUUGUGAAAAUCAUGAAGUCAUCUGAGGAGGAGGCGUUAUCAUGCCUAUAUCAUGUCUAUGUUAACAUUUUCACAUUCUAGAAACAGUUGAAUUUUGAAGAAUAGCUUUUAUCAAACAAAUCAAAUGCUGCAAAGUGAUGACCAUCAGUGUUUAGCUACAAAUAUUCUUGAAAAUCAUCACCACAUCCAAUCACUGUGAAAUUUAGCUUUAAAACAAAGUUAAUUUGAAAAAAAUAUUAAUUUUAACUUUGAUUUUGAAUGAAAGAAGCAACUGCUGUUUUUAUCCAAAGAUAAUUUGCAAGAUAAAUAAUUUUAAAAGGACUAGUAUUCAUUUUAAAUGUUUAAUUGUAUCCUGUAGUGUAAUGUGUAAUAUCUCACAAUGACACAGAUAUAUGCAAACCAUUGGUUACAGCACCACCACUUCCGCAGUCUGAGUUGUACAAUCAGAGUAGUUCGCUCUUCUUUUGUCAGUGACGCAGUUCUCUUGAGCAUGAGCUGUCAAUUGAAGCAGUGGUGAGGCCCAUCUCAUAUUUCUAGCUCAUUUCAGACAAAAAAGAAUGAUGCCUUGCUCUACCAAUCAGAAGUGCUCUCCUCCCCUCCCAGUCUUGUCCAGGCAAUCGGCUUGGGUGGGAUUGGAGCCAGAAUAAAAAAGCUAUUUGAUCCCUCUCUGAGGUCUGGCUCACGUUUAAAACAUAUGCUCCUCUGCAAGUCCAUACAAGCUGGGUACAACUAACACUGGGAGCACAGCGAUAAAGAGACAGCUAAUCAAACCCUGAGAGGGAAGAAGCUUGGUGCUAACACUGCCAGGACCAUGAAGGAUGGGAACUGACCGAGGAGUAGGUCUCGUGUCCUUGGCUUUGGCCCACAAAGCUGUCCCCAUUUUGCACUGUAUAAACAACGGAACUUUACUUGGGUAGGGACAUGGAUGAGUUAUUUACUGUAGGUUUGUUUUGGGCUUCCCACUUCCUCAUUCAGCUGUCCUGAGGAGCGCCUGUGGACACUGGUGUUGGCAGCACCUCAGGCAGUCCACUUCAGCUACGCUCUCUGGUUAUUUCUGGGUUAUUGUGCGCACUCUGCACCGGGUUGUGCUCCAGGACAGGAUCCCCUUACCCUCUGUUCAUGCGCAGAUUUGUAAGAGCUCCUCUGCGUCUGCAUCGGAGCCUUGGUUUGCAUCUCCUGCUGAGCGAAGCCACGCCUCUCCGACUGAUCCCAGUACAGGACGCUUCCAGGAGACCGCAGCAGUGAUGAAGACACGCUCUCUCAUGGUGGUGCAACUGCUGGUGGCUUACUGCGCAAAGCUGCUGGCGCAGGAGGACCGCGGCUCUCACAGAGUAAGAGAUCGUGCUCGCAUGCCUGGCUUCACUCAACCCUGACCACUUUAUAGCAACUUACACUGUUAAACGUGUUUGAGUCUCUCUGUCUUAGAUACUAGGAUUAUACAUUUCAGCUCUGUUAUCAGACUAGGAAUCUGCAAUAUUUGUUUGCUAAUUAAAGGAAUUACAGAAGACCGAAUUAUCCCACAAUGAAAUAUAUGUGUUUUUGUUUUUCAUUUUGUAUAGAGUAAUGUCUUUUUUUGUAAAUCAUGUUGUAGUCUUAAAUAUUAGGAGGAUAUAUUUCAGAAACCGUGAAAGACCAUUUCAGUUACAUUUCAGACUAGAAAUGUGAUAUACUGUAUGUCUGAUAAUAGAAGAAACGGCAUUGAGUCAGAAUGAAAAACUUGACCAUGUCUGAAAUUAAACUGAUCCUCAAGGCAGUCCAAAGUAUCCUGUAGCUUAAAGGCAUUUAACUAUCAUUUGACAAUAUCAUAACGAUGAAAUCUCAUAGAAAGCAGUACGCAUAAUGUUUCAAAAGUUUCUAUUUGAAUUCCUGUUGUUGUUUUCUCUUUCCUUCAUGUCACCUGCGGUCUGUGUGUAUCUAGUAUAACUGGUGGCAGUAAAAUUGUGCCUUAAGCAGCUAAAGGGAAUAUCAUAAGCUGUUUAUGAUGUGGAAAUACUCAAGUUAAAUUUAUGUUGGUACUUAAAUACCAAUGAGUAAAAUACCACCAGGUUCAGAUUCUAGUUCCACAGGUCAGGAAUAUUUGAGGAAAUAAAUAAGUGGCAGCAGGAUUUCCCCUGUGAAUUUGUCACAGAUAUUAAUAGUCAGUGGUUAAAUAAUUUAGCCUCUGUCGGCUUUUGUGUUGUUGCUGUUUCUUAUGUAAUUGUUGCAAAUUAAUUAAAAAAGACAGCACACUUUGGAGCUGGUUCCCAGGGUUUCUGUUAAUAGAGCAUAAUGCAGCAGAGCUCAGCGAGGCCAUGAGUGAAUGUGCGUGAGAGCGCCCUGAGGUAGCGGAGCUUUUGAAGUUCAUACACAUCCAGUCACUCCCCUCCCCCCACCCAUUCGCCUGUGGCCCCUGCUUCUCAUUAGCUCCUGGUUUUUCCCUGCCUUAAAUUGCAAUUGGAAAACUCCCUGACUCCCCCCCUCCCCUCCCUUUUCUGCUGCCUUUGUCUGGUUUAAGUGGAAGCAGCCUGUCUCAGCCUUAAACAUGCUGAAAGGAUCAAAGUGCUCAUGUUGCGACAUGGGCUGAGGGGAAAUCGCCCAAACAGAGAUGUGCGUCAGCGGCCCAGUUUUCAUAUUGCAUGACAGCCCUUCCUGUCCCAGGCUUCGGCAGUUUGACUUUUCCAUCCUUUCUGUGGGUUUCCCAUCUCGUAAAACGAUGGCUGGAUUCACCUCUGCUCUCCUUUCCUCUUUCUUUCUUUCUCCUGUUCUUUCUUUUAACCUACAACCUUUGCAGUUACUGUCAAACAAACAAAUGGUUAAACGAAACAAAUAUUUUAAAAUCGGAUCCAAAGUGCAAUGCAGUAAAUAGCUUGCGAUGCUAUUUGGUUAAUAUUAAUAAAACACACAGAAUGUCUGGUAAUUUGCAUCCAAUUUUUGUGGAAGGCAUGGCUCUGCUUAUUUGAGAGAUACAAACAAGGCCACUAUUUGUAUAGUUUCUUUUACAUUAGUGAUGAAGGAACUUAAUCAGCAUGGCAUGUUUUACAAGCUCAAAAAGUGUUGAGAAGCUGCCCAGCCAGAGCACCUUUGCCUGAUUGGCUAACACUGCUAAGGGCAGUAAAUCUAGAAAAAGAAAGAGAGCAGCACACUUUCCCCAGCCCUUCCUGUGCCGGCUCUCCCAGCAUUAGCCCGAGACGGCUCUCCACAGUAGCUCAUUGUGGGGAAAAAAAUGAAAGGUGCUCUGGUCUGAACAUGUUCACGGCGCAGCUGUGUGACGGCGCAGUGCUGCAGUUGUAAACCUUGCGCAGUGGACCACAGCAGGGUUCCUCUGUGAGGGCUUUCCCAUUCCUGACCCACCCCGGCGUGUUGUGCCCUCGGGCGUAGCUGGACAGGUGGCUGGAGGAAGCCCCGCCGUCAGCAGGCAACUUCCUGGGCCCAGCUGUUCCUCGUGGGCCCACUGCAGGGUGGGAGACCACCAUCGUGGGGCUGCCCAACUCACAAACGAACGCAACCACAAGACACGUGGGCGGAUGCAACAAAGUGGGUAUCAUGUUUUGACAUGAGCUGGGGGGAAAUUGCCCAAACAGAGCUAUUAUUUUAUUUAUUUUAAUAAUUCUUUUUACAAUUUUCUUAUAUUCUAUUAUUGCUAUAAAACUACUAGAUAAUUGCUUGAUAAUUGAUACUCUUAUGUUAUCUGAAGCGCUUUGUGAUGCAUCCUAUGUUCAUAAGGUUCUAUACAAAUAAAGUUAUUAUUAUUAUUCCAA